CUCCUUCAGCGCUUCCCCGGGCUCCGGCAGUGACAGCUGCGAUCAGGCUGUGGCCGUCCCAGCCCGAGCCAUGCACACUGCGCGCCCGGGUGCGCGCCCGGCGCCGGCGCUGGCGCUGCUGCUACUUUGGGCCGGGACCGGGGUGCCUGCCGCCGCCGCGCCCCCAGCCCCGCCGCUCUUCAACGUGAGCCUGGACGCGGCGCCCGAGCUGCGCUGGCUGCCGGUGCUGCAGCACUUCGACCUGGACUUCGUGCGCAGCGCGAUGGCGCACAUCCUCGGGGAUAAGGUCCCCAAGUGGGUCCACGCAGUGAUGCGAGUGGCGGUGGGGGAGCUGGAAGGCUCCCUGCCCCAGCCCUACGCCGAUGAGAUCCGCGGCAUGUGCGACGCCCUGGGCUUCAGCCUGGCGGACUGCAUCCUCAUCAACCUGGCCUACGAGUCCACCGCAUUCUGCACCAGUAUUGUGGCUCAAGACUCCAAAGGCCACAUUUACCAUGGCCGGAAUCUGGAUUAUCCAUUUGGGGAUUUCUUACGCAAAAUGACUGUGGAUGUACAAUUCUUAAAGAACGGGCAGGUUGCAUUCACUGGAACCACUUUUAUUGGCUAUGUAGGAUUAUGGACUGGUCAAAGUCCUUACAAGUUUACAAUCUCUGGCGACGAACGAGAUAAAGGCUGGUGGUGGGAGAAUGCGAUCGCUGCCUUUUUUCAGAGACACUCUCCGAUCAGCUGGCUUAUCCGCACUACCCUGAGCGAAUCGGAAAACUUCGAAGCAGCUGUUGACAAACUGGCCAAGACUCCGCUUAUUGCCGAUGUGUACUACAUUGUUGGUGGCAUGUCCCCCCGGGAAGGCGUGGUCAUCACCAGGGACAGAAGAGGCCCGGCAGACAUUUGGCCUCUAGAUCCUUUAAAUGGAGCGUGGUUCCGAGUGGAGACAAAUUAUGACCACUGGAAGCCGGCGCCUGCGAGGGAUGACCGAAGAACACCCGCCAUCAAAGCCCUUAAUGCCACGGGCCAGGCCAACCUCAGCCUGGAGGCCCUCUUCCAGGUUUUGUCGGUGUUUCCAGUGUAUAACAACUUCACGGUUUAUACUACAGUAAUGAGCGCUGCCAGCCCAGACAAGUACAUGACGAGGGUCAGAAACCUGGGUUAAAAGGAAGUAAGCAGAAGAGUGAACUCACCUGCUAUGAAAGGUGAUUUUUAAAAAAAUGAAUUCUUGAAGAGCUGCACUUUAAAAAAUAAAACAAAGUGAAGGGACUGUAUUAUUUUACUAGAGGCCCAGUGCACAGAUCCAUUCACCAGUGGGGUCCCUUGGCCUGGCCUGCACCCUCUCACAGUCCGGGACCCCUCGGGGGAUGUUGGACUGCUGGUUUUGACCCGAUUCCCCGAAGGCCAGGUCAAGGGACCCGCAUCGGGCCUCUAGUAUGCAUAUAAAAUCUUUGGUUAAAUCUCUUCCCGCCCCCACCCCCCCCAACUUCCCUCUGAGAUUCAUCAGUCUGUUCCAUGUUUCUAUGCCUGUGUGUUGAGUGUCUGCUCUCUGUGCAUCAUAGCUACUGGUUGGACGGUGAGACGGUUUCUUAGGCUUUUAUAUAUAUAGGUGAGCAAUAUAGGCUCAUUCCUCAUUAAACUUUUCUACUGUGUGACGUGGGGGGCGGUGUAGCAGGAGGAUCACUUUGGAGCUUGUUUUGGUAUAAUGGGGAGCAGGCUCCUUGCAUUCCCUUCCUGUCACGGUUUGCCGUGCCCCUCCCCAAGCUUCCUCUAUCCUGGCUUGAAUGACUAACUCAAAGAUAAUUGGUUUCAGAGGUUAAACUGUAUCCCAGCUUCUCACUAUAGCAUAGCUAUGUUGUCAUACCUCAGCUUAUAAAGAAAUAAGUUCUUUGUUCAUUAUGAAGUGUUUGUGGAAGAGUCUGAGAAAGAAAAUUCUUCUCAAAGAAAUGGAGCUCUCAUUUGAAUAGAGCCUGUUUGGUUUGUUAGUCUAACCUUUGAUUAUGUAUUUCCAUGUGAUGGGAUUCUCAUUUUGUAUAAUGUUUCUAACCUGAUAUACCUCCUUUUUCAAAUAGCCACUUUCUUACUGCUUUUUGAAAGCAAUAUACAGCCAAAUAAUUUCUAAUGGUCACUUAUCAUUAGUUAAUAAAAUGCUGGAAAAGAUGUUGGCGAGGAAAAUAAAAAUUUCCAAGAUA